AUGGGGAAGAAGUCCCUCAGGGCCAAAAAAUGGUUCGGCCGCGGAGGCCACCAGCGUUACGCGGGACGGCCUGUAGACGCAGACCUCCUAAACACCACAAGAGCCUCCGAAGCUAGGGGUUUCGCAGUGAAACCGCGCGUCCCCGUUGCCUCCAAAGUUGUGGAAGCGGGCACGUUCACGCGCGCGUCGGAGGAGACGCUGAGGCAGCGACGCAUCGUGAGCGUGGCCGGACGGUUCAAGGGCGGCGGCGGCGCGCCCGGCGGGAGCGGUUCAAAGGCCCAUCGAGAAGCUCCUGCUCGCUUGUUCGAUCGCGUCGAGCUCAAGGACAUGGAGGCCCACCGCGAGAAGCUCGUGGCCGAGCUCGUGAAACAGAAGUCCUGGACAGUCGGCGGCGCGGGCCUCGCGUCCAACAAGGAACUCAUGGACAGACUCGAGGCCACGAAAAUAGAGCUUACCGACGAAACCAGACCGCGUGCAAUCUCGGUUGCCCUCGCAAAUGCCAGAGCCGCUAUCAAUGCCAUCCCGUCUCACCGAGAGUCGUCGGUCUGUACAUCAACCUGCGCGUCAAGCGCCUUGCCGUACCGUACGCCUUCCGGCGACACACGAACCAUGACAGACGAUAUUGAUACCAUGACAGAUUACGAGCUUAAUGUUACUGUGGCUCUCGUGGCUCUCCGGGAAACGGUCGUACUCAACAAUAACGACAGAGCCGAUUUUGGGGAGUAUUUGGAUGGCCUCGGGCUCCGAGACCGACCCGCUGGUCCGGAAUUUGUGAUGGAGACCAUCGCGUCCUGGCACCGUCUACGAAAGCACUGGCCACGGAUGCGGCGCAGAAUCUGCUCGUAUUGUGGAAAGAGAAGUGACCCCUCCGAACCGCGGCUCCUGGUCUGCGGGGGCUGCGGUGAGGGCCGCGGCGUGGGUCGAUAUUGUUCGGUGGCCUGCCAACGCGACCACUGGCCCGAACACCAGAAGAAGUGCUCUAUGUUCCAUGCAACGCCUCACACGAUGCUCCGAAACAAGUCGGGGCGGGACUCCUUUUUGAAUGGGUGUAUGGAGUCUAUUAAGAACGGGCUCACGCUGGAGGAAGCGGUAGAAGAUAGGCUGUGUAAAAGCAUGUUGUAG